UGUAGUCAGUCGCUGUUGUGGCUGUGAAGCAGUACAGUCAGCCACUCUCUUCCGUUGAACCGUGAUUCAGCCUGAGGUUAAACAGGACUCCUUUAAACUACCCCACCGACCGAAAACAACUACUUCUGGCGUCCUCUGAACAAACUCCCGCUCGUUCGGACACCUUUAAUCCCGCAGGUGCUGAGGAAACUGCAAGAAAUACCAAAAGAAGGAGCGGUGGAAAGACUUGGCAGUGAAUGUCGACAGGAUGUCCAGUCAGUUGGCCGUUUCUUUGUGAAUGGAUUAGAGGCGAGUUGUAACCAUGCGCUGCCUGGCUGCUCGGGUCAACUACAAGACCCUCAUCGUUAUCUGCGCCCUCUUCACACUCAUCACCGUGUUGCUGUGGAACCGCUGCUCCAGUGACACCUCCCUGCGCUUCCUGCCCCGCGCCGCCUUUGUGGCUCCAAGUCCCAAGGUGGGGGAUGCAAGCAUCAGCAGCCAGCAGCACCCUCCGCAACCUCCGGAGCCCCCGCCCGUCGUCGGAGGUGUCGCGGGAAUCAAGUAUGAAGAAAUCGACUGCCUGAUCAAUGAUGAAUCUACAAUCAAAGGUCGGCGAGAGGGCGGAGAGAUUUACCUGCCCUUUAGCUGGAUGGAAAAAUACUUUGAGGUGUACGGCAAAGUGGUGCAGUACGAUGGCUACGACCGGUUCGAGUUCCAGCACAGCUAUUCAAAGGUCUACACGCAGCGGGAGCCCUACCACCCAGAUGGGGUUUUCAUGUCAUUUGAGGGAUACAAUGUGGAGGUCCGCGACCGUGUCAAGUGUAUAAGUGGAGUGGAAGGUGUGCCUCUGUCCACUCAAUGGGGCCCUCAGGGCUACUUCUACGCCAUCCAGAUCGCUCAGUACGGCUUGAGCCACUACAGCAAGAACCUGACGGAGCGCCCUCCCCACAUUGAGGUCUACGACACCGCAGAGGACAGAGAUAGCAGGGCCAGCACGGCACCCUGGAGUGUGCCGAAAGGUUGCGGUCUUAGCCGUGUCCACGACAAGACCCGGGCUACCUCCGUGCGCCAGUUCAGUGCUCCAGAGACCUCAGAGGGCGUCUCGCUCCAGCUGGGUAACUCCAAAGACUUCAUCCUCAGCUUGGACAUCAAGUUUGUCUCCAACGGCAGCGUGUCGGUGAUCCUGGAAACCACGGAGAAGGGCCCGCCGUUCACCAUCCACUAUGUGACCAACACGCAGCUCAUCGCCUUCAAAGACCAUGAAAUCACAUACGGUGUCGGGCCGCGGACCACCUGGAGCACUCUGACCCGAGAUCUGGUUACUGACCUCAGGAAGGGCGUCGGGUUGUCCAACACCAAGGCUGUGAAGGCCACGAAGAUCAUGCCCAGACGGGUGGUGCGAAUAGUCCUACAUGGGCGUGGCUUUGUUGACAACGUCACCAUCUCCACCACUGCACACAUGGCCGCCUUCUUUGCCGCCAGCGACUGGCUGAUGCGUAACCAGGACGAGCGAGGCGGCUGGCCCAUCAUGGUCACCCGUAAACUGGGCGAAGGCUUCCGGCCUCUGGAGCCUGGCUGGUACUCGGCCAUGGCUCAGGGCCAGGCCAUGUCCACGCUGGUGAGAGCGUACCUCCUUACCAAGGACCAGGCGUACCUCAACGCUGCCCUCAAGGCAAUCGGACCCUACAAGGUGCCUUCAGCGCAGCACGGGGUCAAAGCUGUGUUUAUGAACAAAUACGACUGGUAUGAAGAGUACCCCACCACGCCCAGCUCGUUUGUCCUCAACGGCUUCAUCUACUCCCUGCUGGGACUCUACGACUUGACUGAGACCGCGGGGGAGAAGCUCGGCAGGGAGGCGGGGCAGCUGUUCAGCCGCGGCAUGGAGUCGCUGAAGGCCAUGCUUCCGCUUUUUGACACGGGGUCCGGGAGCAUCUAUGACCUGCGUCACUUCAUGUUGGCCACAGCGCCUAACCUUGCGCGCUGGGACUAUCACACGACGCACAUUAACCAGCUGCAGCUGCUGGCGUCCAUAGACAACUCUCCCAUCUUCAAAGAUGUGGUAAAGCGCUGGAAAAACUACUUGAAAGGGAUUCGUGCCAAGCACAACUAGACAAACUGUAACCUACAUAUAGCAUACAGCGGAAAUGAUAACUGACAAGGUGAAUUUACUCUAAUGAUGACUGAAUGUGAGGUGGAUGCUCACAUUGUGUGUGUGUGUGUGUGUGCGUCCCAGUUUUGGUUGAGGUUCAUAAUCUAAAGGAUGAGUUUAUUCAGCUGCAGCUCUCAACACUGAAAGUUUCUCCUGUGCUCUGUUGCAGGUUUUAUAUUUUCUGCAACACUGACUGUAGCUCUCCUCUCCUGUUUUUUUCCUUGAGCUAGUGUUUGUAAUUAUGCACAGACCUAGUUUCAGAGUGAGUGUGUUCAGGAAGAACACGCCUGUGUGUGUCUGUGUGUGUGUGUGUGUGUGUGUGUGUGUGUGUGUGUGUGUGUGUGUGUGUGUGUGUGUGUGUGUGUGUGUGUGUGUGUGUGUGGGGUUUAAAGUAACAAUAUGACGUUUGAGAAAGAUGAAACUCCUUGAAUCAUAUUUCCGACAUUCUUUGAUGCAUCCACCACUUGUCUCUUCUCUAAUUGUAUUUUUUUUACCAUUUCAUCGUAGAUUUGCAAAGCUUUUUGAGACCAAGAAACACUAAAAAACAGAAUAUAUUAUUAAUGAUAUGGAGAAUGUCAAAAUAAUAUUCUUAUUAAUAUAACAUUAAACAUUUCUCCAUUGGAACCUUUUUUAAAAUAGUAUAACUCCUAAAAGGCUGAAAUUCAAAAUCAAGAAGUAUUUUUUUUAGGACCCCGUGUUUAAGCUGUCAGCUGAGAUAAAUUGAUUUGGCUGUCAUCCUUUUACAAAAAAGCGUCAAAUACUUUAUACCUCCAAACUGGCAAAUUGAAGUUCUUUUCUGAAGCCCCUAAAACAUAGAUAAAUAGUUCCAACUAAUUUUAGGGAAGGAUUAUGUUAAGUGAGGCAGUUUAACUUCUUAAGUAUAUUUUCCUUUUUAAAUAAAUAUUAAAUCAUGUAUUAGACGUCAGUCAAGCUGCUCUGAGGAUUAAACAUCUCAAACCACUAUAUUUGAAUUCAGAUGGUUAAACUGGCUCUUCCACCAUCAGGUUCCCACCCACAAUGCCACUGUGUUUAUCUGAGCUGCUGUGAACAAAUAUCUGCAUUCCUGCAUCUUAAGUUAUGUAACUGUUGUAUUGAGACUGCAGGUAGCACACUGUUUCUGUAAAGGUCCAGUCACACCAAAUUGACAUCAAAGAACUAGCAGUGACGAGGACGGACUGUUGCGUCGCCUAACGUAGCCUUUGUCUCGGGCAAGAAGUUGCCCUUGAAUACACCGCAAAGACUACAGCCAACAGCCAACUAGCACGUCGUUCUGCACGUGUGUUAGAGAAAAAAACUCCAUUCAACAUGAUGAAUUAGCUGUUAGUGCCAACAGUACAGGACAAACCACAAAAAGUGACGACCCGACACCAACAGCCGACCGCAAACUUGCUCUGUUAUAUUUCUUACAUUCUCUAAGAUAAACCCAUCGGGCCUACAACAAUCUUUAACAAUAUCCUAAUGAAUGAUUUAUCCUAAUAAAUCAUCCACGCUGAAACCACAGAGUCCAGAAACUGAUCUGCAAUCAUAGCUCGAUGAGGCACCGGAGCCAUCCUCAACACAACUCCUCCCCUAAAAACUUCAUUGCUACUAAUGUUAGAGCGCGUAGCGUCAGUGUCAUUUUGUUCACAUCCCGGUGAGUUCACUACGUCCUGCAGACUCUCUUAGCUGUUUCACUCCAAUAAAUACAUGAAUAAAGACCAAAAUAUUUAUCACUAACUUCCCUUUCAGUCUUUCAGCCUGAGUUAGUACCCGGCUGCUGGCUGUUUGUACUCACAGCUGUGGCUGUUCGCCUUGUGCUAACUUAAGCUGCUAUUAGCUGCUGAUUGAGGCUCGGGUGUGUGUGCUACUGUGUACUGGGUUAGCUUCUAACUGCAGUCUUUGGCUUCACGGCUACUUGUUCUUUGGCUCAGCUCUUUCAGCAGACACACCCCCAGUGUCAGUGGUUUUUUUUUUUUUUUUUUUUCAAUUUUUAAGCCUAAUUUUAUAUAGCAUCAAAACAAAAUUUCUGUGGUGACACAAACUCAUUACACACAUUUAGUUUUGCUUGACCUUGACUUUAACUUUCUGCAUAGGUGUGUUGCCCUAAAGUGGUGCGGUGUGCAGACUACAAAUAUGAGCCGUCUCAGAUAAUGUUAUCAAUAAUUUCUUCACAUCUUUGGAGGUACUUUUUAAAUAUUAUGUCAGGGUCGUGCAGAUGUAAAUGAUUCAAUCUUGGCUAACUGGCAUAUUAAAAUUUGUAUUAAUUUUCCUAAAAAAUAAGAAAUACAAACAGAAAAAUCAAGGGAAAGCUUCAUGCAGAUCCAAAUAAAGGCCUAGCUGUGAUAUUUUUAAGCUCCUUUCAACUUAGAAAUAUACAAAGGAUAGACCUUGAACUAACUCUUGUAUUUCCAUAAAAAUGUAACUCUAGCUUCAGAUGAAUCUCUUGACCCAUCAUUGUCGAACAUUAAAACCUUUAUAUCCCUUUUAUUUCCACUGGUUUGAACAUCAGCACCAUUAGCUGCAUGUUCAUUCAUUUUCAUGCCCCGCUUUUGACCUUCUGUGGAAACUCAUCCGAAAAGCUCUUCCUCUACAGCUCUUACUUCCAGACGAUAAUUGCAGGAAACAAGUGUAGGUGGAGGUAGAUGCAUGUGUUGUGUAUUCGGGUAAAAAGACAUGUGGGCAGCAGAGGCACAACUGCGUCUCGCGAACACGUCAGUUUAUAACAUUUAAAUAGACAAUGCUGGGAGUACUGAAGGUGGAGGUCAAUUCUUGACAAGCAUUAAGAGGCUGUCGGUCCCCACAGGCUCUCAUUGCUCCUCUCAGCUGCUGUGGGUGCAUGAACUCAGCGUUUUUAAUCCGUGAGCCGACCUGUUGACCGCUGUACGAGGAGAAAGAAAGCUCGCCGAGACACUAACAAUUCACCCGACUAAUAGGCUGGAGAGCCCGCACACACAGUACAGUCUCUAGUCGGGGAUGAGUCAGCACUCACAAACACAACAGAGUGGAGCCUUCAGCAUCAAUGAGGCUUUCAUCGAUCUACCUUUAAAGAUUAUUAAUGGAGGAGAAUCAGGCCGUUUGUUCUUCUGAAGGUGUUGGUGCUGAAUUUUCUUUGGUCAUUCUGAUGAAAACUUUGAGAUGAAAACAUUCUUCAUGUUUUCAAGAGGAGUAAAUCAAAGAAGCAUGUCAUUCAUUUCAAUGUAAUUUUGUAUAGCAAAUAAGUCUUGUUUCCCUUCAAACCCAGUAUUAAUUUCUCCAGGUAAACCUUCCUCUCCUCAGAUUCAUCUGUAACUCCUCUAGCUUCAAGCAUUCAUAACUAGGUGAGGAUGUUUGACAGAUUAUUAGGGCCACUGUAGGGAAGAAAAUAGUCUGAUAUUUCAAGAACAAAUUGGUAGCAUUUCAAGAAAAAAGUGUUUAGUCAAAGAAGUCUUUUGCAAGGAAAAGCAAGCACACAAUAUACAUGGUGCAAUUUAUACUGUACAUGGGCGGAGUAUGAGAGAAUCGGUCCCUGGGCACAGAUAUGCAAAAGGCCCCACUACCUCUCCUUCAUAGGAGCAAGACACACUUCUUUUUUUUGUUUUUGCAUCAUUUUGUGGUUUAUAGUCAUUUUGAGACUCAGUACAGUAAUUACACAGUACACAGUGACAGUGACAUUUUGCAGACCCUGACACUUUGGGUCCCUGGGACGGAC